AUGGAAACUGAUGACGAGAUUGAUGAGGCAGGAAUGGAGCUUAGUCUGGACGAUAGUGAGUUUGAAAUCGACAGUGAUGAGGAAGAGUCUAGUGAUGAAUUUGACCCGGCAGUUUCACACGAGGUGGGCGGGGUCAAAGGGUACGGACCAGGGGCGGUCGCGCCUCUGUGUCGCCAAAUCGUGGCAUCCGUGGAGUGCCCCACCAAUCGCUAUGCAAAUGCUGAAAUAGCCAAACAACGUCCUUUGCUCAGGGAAUCCCGUCUGUGGGCUUGGAAAGACACUGACGCAGCUGAGAUGAAAAAGUUCUUAGGUCCCCUGAUUCACAUAGGGCCAAAUAAUCUCCCUACCCUGGAACAUUAUUGGACUAAUGACCCACUGUAUAAAACAGAAGUUUAUGGAAAGUCAAUGGGCCGAAAUCGAUUUCAACUUCUUCUAAGGUUUUGGCACUUUUCUGAGAAUUCUGAAGAUCGUCUUAUCAAGAUCCGCCCAUUACUUGAUUACUUUGAUAAAACCAUGAGUGAAGUCUACUAUCCCAAACGAGAUCUGUGCAUGGAUGAAUCAAUGGUAUUAUGGCGUGGGCGGCUUCUGUUUCGUCAGUAUAUCAAGAACAAGCGACACAAGUACGGUGUGAAGCUGUAUGAACUUUGCGAAUCCGAUGGCAUGGUUCUCAAGAUUCUGAUUUAUUCUGGGACUAGGACUAACGUCGACGAUGACUUACAACUGGGUCAGUCAGCUGCCGUUGUCUUGCAUCUGAUGUCUGAUUUCUUGGACAAAGGCCACGUGCUGUACACUGACAACUAUUACAACUUAGUUGACCUAACAAAAGCACUAACGGACAGGUCAACCUAUUUGUGCGAGACGCUUCGCUUUGAUCGAAAAGAAAACCCGAAAGACGACGUUCAGACAAAGCUGGAAAAGGGAGAACACUGUUGGAAACGGCCCGGGCCGGUGGUGGUGUGCAAGUGGAGAGAUAAACGAGAUGUUCUCACUAUCACCAAUAUGCACAACAUGAAGAUGGUGAACGUGACAAACCGCAACCAAAAGGUAUCCCAGAAACCAAACAUUGUGCGUGAUUAUAACAAUGGGAUGUCUGGGAUCGACCGGUCAGACCAGAUGCUCUCUUACUAUUCUGCUUUGCGCAAAACAAUCCGUUGGUACAAGAAAAUCGGACUCCAUGUUUUGGAGAUCAUGUUGUUCAACGCUCACAUCAUGUACAACGAAUCAGUGGGUGAACAAAUGAGAAUGCUGCGGUUCCGUGAAAAGGUAACGCUUCACCUGCUGGGAAACGUUGACCUUCAGCCGACCCCGACUGAAGGACCGCCCGCAGAAACGUUUCACCACCUUGUCGGCGUACCACCUACAGAGAAAAAGGAGAGGCCAACAAAGCCAUGCCACCAAUGCACGAAAAAUGGCAGAAGACGAGAAACAAGGUACAUUUGCCCCGUAUGUCCUGAGAAACCAGCCCUUUGCGUCGAUCCGUACUUCAAGGUGUACCAUGUGUUGUGA